AUUUAAUUAACAUCAUUGUGACUUGUGACAGCCUGUCACUGACAGGUAGCAUUUUUCUCUUUAAUCAUUUAAAAGUUAGUAAGGUCACGAACACAACCGAAGGUUCAGAGUUCUUUUUGUUGGCAGCAAUCAUUCCAAAGGAUGAAAUGAUGGCUUUUAUCACCAAAGCAAUUUAUUUCCUUGUUGUACUUUGCACGGCCGUCUUAUCAGAACACAAAGGAAUUCUGUCUCUUGACAGUGUCACAUUUGAUAAGAUUAUAGAGAUUUCUAAAGCAACAUUGGUAAAGUUUGAUAAAAAAUACGCGUAUGGAGAAAAAGAGGACAGUUUCAAAAAAUUUGCUGACAAGGUUUCCUCUCACCCAGACCUUUUAGUUGCUGAAGUUGGUGCAACUGAUUGGGGAGAGAAAGAAAAUCAAGAUCUUAUGGAACGAUUUGGUAUCAAAUCACAGAAUUAUCCAUCAUUCAAAUUGUUUCAGAAAGGAAAAGACCCAAUCAGCUUCUCAGGGGAAGUUACUGAACAUGAUUUGUUAAAAUUCACAGCAGAUCAAACUGGGUUUUGGUUUGGAUUACCAGGAACGAUAAAAGAGCUAGACACAUUAGCGCAACAGUUUCUGAAGUCAGACAUUGAUGAAUAUGAUUCUAUAAUCACUGAGGCAGAAAGAAUCACUGAAGCCCAAAAAGAAAAGAAAAAAAUGGAGACCUCAAGAAAAUACAUAAGUAUUAUGAAGAAAAUUAAAUCAAAAGGGUUAGACUACAUUAAAGAAGAAAGUGAAAGAAUUCAGAAAAUGAUAAAGGAGAAAAUGACAGAAAAAAAGAAAAAGUCCUUUGAAAUAAAACUCAAUAUCUUAGAAUCGUUUGAAUUUGCUGUUGGUAAGGAUGAGCUUUAGUGUAAUAUUUUAUAGAUAAGACUGAGAUUCUGC